GUAUUGGAUACCUUGAGGUGUAAUUAAAUUUUGUGUUUUUUAAUUAUUGGCAAUUGGUCCUUUACUUUUCUCAUUAUCUUCUCUGCACUCGUUUGGUUUCCGUCAAAGAGUUCUGAUCGAUCAUCAGCAAGCCUAGAAGCGUACACGCAUACAUCAAUACAAUAUACGUACACAUAAAGUCGUUUACUGUUCUUGUUCCGUUUGGUUCCCUUGAAAAUUCGCGGAAAUGACGAUGACAAUCGAAGGAAAUUAGGGUAGAGUGAAUUUGAAUUUGGGGUGCAAUGCCAGUUAGGAGUUUUAAAGCAACUCAAUGAGACAAACAAAGGAGUCUCACUUUAGUCGCGUGAACUGGUCUUUCAUUUAGAAACUUGCCGGGCUUGCUUUUAUGUUUUCAGCCAGCAUCUUGCUACAGAUCCUGGCGUGUGCAUUAUACAACAACUGGUGGCCAAUGUUAUCAGCUCUCAUGUAUGUUUUGGUGCCUAUGCCCUGUUUGUUCUUUGGUGGUGGGUCCACUCAAUUCUUAAUUAGCCGGGAUGGUGGGGGCUGGAUGGAUGCUGCCAAGUUCUUAACGGGGGCUUCAUCGGUGGGCAGCAUAGCCAUUCCAAUUAUCCUCAGGCACGCAGAUUUGAUUGGAGCAGGAGCUAUGUGGAUCGAAUUUUUCUCCUUUUUCAUAUUCGUCUGCACGGUCAUGUGUUUUCAUCGCGCUAGCCUUGAAGAUGAGUGGUGAUGAAUAUAUAUUCAGGACAUCAAAGUGAUAUAUACUCUAAUCGUUGUGAUUGGUUCUAUCACCAUCAUCGAGUGUAAAACAGGUUUAAUGGCAUAACUAGUAGGAAAAGAGGAAAUGAAAGGGACAUAAUUGUCCACUUCUACUAUGUAAAAAAGCUUGAAUUUCUUUUUUACACAUCUUUGAAAGACUGACUUGCUGUAUUUGAAUCCCCAGCUUGAGUUUCCACUGUUCUAGUGUAGACUUUAAUGCAUGAAGAAGAUUUUUUU